AUGCAUAUCGCGGCUCUUCUGGCAUUGGUCCCCCUUGUGGCAGCGCUGCCCUCAGCCGAGCAGCCUGGUCUCAGCCCCGGGUUAGCGUCGUCUGAUGUGCACCGCCGAUUUCCCGCGACCCGUCAAGAGGAUGCGUAUGACUACAUCAUUGUCGGCGCCGGCGUCGCCGGCACAACGCUGGCCAACCGCCUGACGGCCAACGGAUUGUUCCGAGUUCUGUUGCUCGAAGCCGGCCAGCUUGAUGACCAGGAAGACCUCAUCACGAUUCCCGGCAACGGCGCCAAUGCAGCCAACAGCAAAUAUAACUGGAAUAUCACGAGCACGCCGUCCCCCGCCACCGGCAACAGGGCGAUCGCCCUGCCGAUCGGACGCGGUGUCGGAGGUAGUAGUUUGAUCAACCAGAUGGUCUUCGUCAGGGGUUCUUCUGGUGAUUUUGACCGCUGGAAAGAGUUCGGCAACAGUGGUUGGGGCUGGACAGAGAUCUUCAAGAACUUCAAGAAGAGCGAAAUCUUCACCCGUCCCAACGCUGAUGUAGCGCAAGAGUUUGGCGCGACCUGGGAGGCUUCGUCUCGCGGCACCCAGGGUGCUGUUCACGCCAGCUACUCCCCAUUCUGGUGGCCAAGCAUCAAGAACAUAGUGGCCGCGGCUCGAGAACUCGGCAUCCCUAUUCUGAAAGACGGAUAUGGCGGCAACAAUGCUGGUGGUUUCUUUACCACGCACUCUGUGAAGCCUGUGGAGAACACACGAAGCUCCGGACGUACCGCGCACUACGACGUUGCGGCUAAGCGGCCCAACCUCAAGCUCAUCCAAUAUGCCCAUGGUUCGAAGAUCCAGGUCGAGCGCGGUCAGGCUGUCGGAGUCGAGUACAUCGAUACACAAACUUCGACCACCAAGGUCGUCAAGGCUUGGAGGGAAGUCAUUGUUUCUGCUGGUGCGGUUUUCUCGCCACAGAUUCUUCAGCUUUCAGGCAUCGGCGAUGCCAAGGACCUAGCGGCUCAGGGUAUCAAGUCUGUCGUUGACCUCCCAGCCGUCGGUCGCAACCUCCAGGACCACCCUCUUGUUGUUGCUGUCAAUGCUAUCACCGCGCCUCUCAGCAGCGCCAACCUUUCCGACACGACCUUUGCAAGCGAGGCACUGGCCUUAUACAAGAGCAACCGCACUGGCCCGUAUGCUAAUGCCAAUGCCGAGUUUAUCAUGUUCCUUCCCAUAUCGACUUUCAGCUCCCAGCCUGCCGCGCUGCGUCAAGCUGCUCAAUCUCAGACCGUCGGCCAGUUCCUGCCUGCUGAUUACCCUGAUUCUGUCCGCCAGAGCUUCACCAAGCAGCACAGGCUCCUCACGGCCGGCCUCUCCUCAGACGCCCAGACCCCCCUCGAGAUCUUCUGGAAUGAAGGCACUGUUGUCUCUGGAGUGCAACACCCCUACUCCCGGGGUUCCGUGAAACUCGUGUCGAAUAACCCUCUUACACCGCCCGCUGUCGAUCCUGGCUAUCUGACCAAUCCUCUUGACCUGGCCAUCAUGGUCGACGGCUUUAAGCUUGCGAGGAGAAUUGCCAACACAACCGCCAUCGCGCCUCUCGCGCCCUUCGAGGUGUUCCCGGGACCGACCGUCGCGACUGAUGCGGACAUUGAGCAGUACAUCCGCCAGAACCUUGCUUCAUUUGCUCACUAUGCCGGCACCUGCAGCGUCGGUCCCCAGAACGCCGGCGGAGUUGUGGACUCUAACUUCCGCGUUCACGGUGUCAAGAAUCUCCGCGUCGUCGACGCCAGUGUUAUUCCGCUGCUUCCUGCUUCGCACACGUCUAGCACUGUUUACGCACUCGCCGAAAAGGGCUCGUGGUGA